UCCUCCUCAAAUAGAGCAACAUGGCAAUACGAUGAUUCAUGUGAAAACGUUUACUUGUUUUGUGAUGCUGGCAAGAAUAAUACAUGCGAUUACAAGACGUGUUCCAAUACAGAUUAUAUUCAAGGAUGGGAUGAGACCGCAUAUAAAUUUCCUGCUCGUUGUAGUAAUCAGAUGUAUUGCCCUGAUAGUGGAUCCAGGUGCACUCCGCUUGUUCAAGUAGGCGGUAUCUGCGAACUGCAAAGAGACGAUGAAUGCAGCGGUAAAGAAUCCGUUUGCUUAAAUGGAAUUUGUUACAUUAAGGGAUCGCCCUUGGGAGGCAAUUGUGGCUCAGACAGGACGGAUUAUACAUCGUAUGAUGCCAAGGGAGCAGCUCUUCAACAAACCAUUAUUCGUGACAACUGUACGGAAGGCACGUACUGUAACGAUGGACAACAUGUAUGUGUAGCCUCUGUGGGGCUUGAUCAUGACUGUUGGCAAGACCGAGAAUGUAUCUCUGGUACCUGUUCAGACGAUGGUAAAUGCAUGAAUGGACCUGAUGUAUUCCAUACGAUUGCAAACUGGUUAUGGGCGGUUUUAGGAUGUUCUAUAUUUGUCUUUGUGAUUCUCACAUUAGGAGUUCUUUGGAUCCUGCAUCGAUAUCAAUCACGCAAAGAACAUGAAAAGUCCGCUAAAUUCUUUGGUGAUAAUGAUGAAUUUUACAAGAAAUAUCAAAUGCAACAGGGUAAUGAUUCUACUGCUCGUUUGGUCUCGUCUGGUGCAGAUAUGCCUGACAGUAGUCGUACCAGUGUCGUCUAUCUCACUACACCCGAUUAUAAUGAAUCAGCCGCACUUGCUCAGGCAGGAGCGGAUUCUCAUAAUUUACCUACACCCCCACCUGUACCUGCACCCAGUAACAGUGCAAGUGCUUUGGCACCAUUGUUACAUGGGAAAGGGUUUAGUUUUGGACAUGCAAGUUCAUCCAACAUGUCAACAGCAACUGAUGUGGGUUAUUACCGCAAUAAUUAUAAUUCUAGUCUCCCCUUUUAUUCGCGACAACCUUCACCACCAACUUCAUCUCAUGUCAUUCAACAACAACAACAACAACAACAACAGCAACACAUACAGCAGCAGCAACUGCCUAUGCAAGUUACACCACCUCCUCCUCCACCUCCGCUCAACACUUCUACUACCACCACCACUACUACUUCAUUCUUAUAUAAUCAUAAAGAAAUUAUGCCAAAGGAAGUAAAAGAAUACAAUGAUCUGAUGACUUGGAUGGAUAAUGAGUUUUGGGAACAAGCGGACGAAAUCUAUCAAGAAAAAUUAUUAAAUCUACAAACCGAACUACUCAACAUUCAAAAAGGAACUCAUUCGGCAUUCAGGGAAAUGAUUGCUGACUAUGAAUUCAAGAGAGAAAAAACAAUUACUGAUGCAGAAUGCUUCAUGAAGUAUCAAAUUUCAUUUAUCGAGCAAUAUUUCGAUCAAGACAUCAAUGCAUUGGAAGAUGAAUACGAGAUUGAAAGAAGACAUUUACAAGAUACCUUGAUUACCUCUAUUGAAGACAGAAGAAGACAAAUCAAAGACGAUAAGGAAGACACCAAUGGUAAUAGUAUUCUUUCUCUCUUUGUAUUUUGUUACUGA